AUGGCGGCGAAGGCAGCCCUCAGGAUGCUACUGAAGGAGAGCAUCUGUAUUCUGCAGCGGCUGAGGCACCACUUUCAACAGUUCUGGCAGAGGCUGCAGGACAAGUAUCUACUGCCUGUCACACAACCUCCAAAGUCUGACCCAUCUGCACAAAUACCUAGGAACCCCUGCGAUAGACAUGUGGCUCUGGGCCCUGUUGCGGCCCGCAUCAAGCGGCAAGGACCGCACUGCCGUCGUCAGAGGCUGGCAGUGCAUAAUCAUCUGCUGAAGCGAGGCACACACAAGGUAGGCAGGAGAGCUCCCAGCUAG